GUUUGAUUAUCUUGACUUUUUGAACUUACCUUUUUGUUCUCGUUAUAACAGUGGACUUUCAUCUUGUGGAUGAGCCGCUGACGGGGUAUCUUCUAUUUUACCGGUUUUCACUUGAGUUUGGAGGUUGAAGUUUCUGUUCGACUAUAAAGACGACACAUUCUUACUACAGCAGCCCAUUCGGGUGACACGAGACGAUGUCCAUGAUUACGACUUCUGCGUGGGUGCGCCGCGGCGUGGCGGCGCAGUUCCCUGCGAAAUAUGAGAUUGAUGAGGAGGAGAUGAGCCGUAUAUCGAAGCUUGCGCGCGAGCAGCUCGAGGACGCCCGGGAGGAUCUGAGUGCCGCUCAGGAGGGCCAGGGCGAUGACGAUGAGAUGGAUGAGGGUGGGGAUGCUAAGGCGGCGGUGCAAGGUGGGGGUGAGAAGAAGGGUGAUGCGAAGGAGAGCAAUGAUGAUGACGACCUCAAAGAAUACGAUCUCGACCACUACGACAGCGACGAGGUCGACGACGACGGCGAGAAGAUCACCAUGUUCGGCAAUGUCAAGUCCCUGGCGUAUCACCAGCCCAACGAGGAAGACCCGUACCUGGUGAUGCCGGAGGAGGAAGACGAAGACGAGGAGCGCGAGGAGCUACAGAUCAUGCCGACGGACAACCUUCUGCUGGCCGGAAAGAUCGAGGACGAGGUCGCGCAUCUGGAGGUCUACGUCUACGAGGACGCGGCGGACAAUCUCUACGUGCACCACGACGUGAUGCUGCCGGCGAUCCCGCUGUGCCUGGAGUGGCUGGACAUGCCGGUCGGCAAGGCGGCCGAGGGGCGCACGACGGGCAACUUCGUCGCGGUGGGCACCAUGGAGUCCGACAUUGAGAUCUGGGACUUGGACAUCGUGGACUGCAUGUACCCGAACGCGAUCCUAGGCCAGGGCGGCGCGGACAAAGCGCCCAAGAAGAAGUCCAAGAAGACCAAGGCCAACCCCGAGUUCCACGUCGACUCGGUGCUCGCGCUCGCGGCCAACCGCCAGCACCGCAACCUGCUGGCGUCCGCGUCGGCAGACCGCACCGUCAAGCUGUGGGACCUCAACACGGGCAAGUGCGCCAAGUCCUACUCCCACCACACGGACAAGGUGUGCUCGCUGGACUGGCACCCGCGGGAGUCGACCGUGCUGCUGAGCGGCAGCUACGACCGCACCGUCGUCGCGGCGGACAUGCGCGGCGCGGACGCCACCGCCCGCUGGGCCGUCGACGCCGACGUCGAGGCCGUGCGCUGGGACGUUCACGACCCCAACUUCUUCUACGUGACGACCGACGCCGGCAUGGUGUACAAGUUCGACGCGCGGAACGCCCCCGCCACUCCCGGCGCGAGCAAGCCCGUGUGGUCGCUGCAGGCGCACGACUCGUCCGUCUCGUCCUUCGACAUCAGCGGCAACAUCCCCGGGUUCCUGGUGACGGGUUCGACCGAUAAGCAGGUCAAGCUGUGGAACGUCGAGAACGACAGGCCCACCCUGGUGGUGUCGCGCAAGAUGGAGCUCGGCAAGAUCUUCUCGACCACCUUCGCCCCCGACGCCGAGGUCGGGUUCCGCCUGGCGGUCGCUGGUAGCAAGGGCGUCGUCCAGAUCUGGGACACCUCGACCAACGCGGCGGUGCGCCGGGCGUUUGUGUCGCGCGCGCCUCAGCUGGAGGGCGAGGUGAAGGAGCGGAUGGUCGGCCUGCCGGCCGAUCACGACGAAUCGGAUGACGAUGAGGGUCCGGCGGAGGAGGGUCCCGUGCAAGGGGGCGAUGGCUGGGAGUCGAUGGACGAGGAUUGAUU